GGACCAGUCCUUCGCGUGUCCGGGGUAUAAAAGAAACUCGCUGACUCAACCAAGAUCGUAGUGCAAUUCAAACGUUCUUCAACACAGACCUCUUGGGAAAACAAUCAACCUUUUCAUUUGCUCAAACAUGUUCAAAUUGGUGGUGUUGUCAACGAUCCUUGCUCUGGCCGCAGCCCGUCCAGGUAUCAGUUACCAUGCAGCCCCGUUGGUCUAUCACGCUGCCCCAGCGCUGAUAGCCAAGCCCGAAAUCCACUACCAGAAGAGUAUCAUCGAGGAACCUACGGUAGCCCACGUGGGAACCGUCGUGAAGCACAUCCCGACCGCAGUUUCGCACCAGAGUUCCACCGUGGUGCACAGUGCGGCCAAGUACUCCGAGCCGAUCUUUGCCCCGGCCGUCAAGCAUACCGUGGUGUCGACUCCGAUCGUUAAGACUUCCUAUCACGCUGUUCCGUCUUACGCAUACGCGCCGGCUCCGUUCUACCACUUUGGACACUAUCACCAUUAGUGGGUGGAACACGCGGACCGAGGUUAUAAUACCCUCAGGAUGCUGAGAUGAAAUUAUUUAUAUUCGAAUAAGGUCUAACUCGUGAUACCUUCAGCUGGCUACAUACUCACACUCAUCUCAAAAAAACAUGAGUGGAAUCGAUCGAGAGCGGUGCAGUGCAGAGCGCAAAACGUUUGCAGUAAUCGAAUUUCGAUCCCGGAACACAGGAUCGGAACGGUUGAUGUUCUUUUGUUCGCUUUUUGAUUGUUGGUGAAAGAUGAGAAUAUUGAUUGUGAUUACUGUGAAUAAAACGUGAACUGGAAAAUCAA